CUCCGCCCACUUGCUCCCAGGACCACAUCAGGUCUUGUUCCGGAAAAUCCUGAUCCUAGUACCAAUGAGGAACACAAGGUGAAAAGGGCAUCAAUGGCCUGUGCUGAGUGCAAGCGUCGUCGGACAAAGUGCAGCUAUGAUACCACAGGAAGCCCCUGCACCGAAUGUACACUACAAGGAUGUCAGUGUUUCGUCGAUGAGUCCGCCGACAAACGUCGCAAGGUUGCCGCCAAGCGUUCCGAGGAGGAGAAUAAACGCCUUAUGGAACGCGUGAAGCAUCUUGAAGGAUCAAGAGAUUAUGAGCGCCAAUUUAAGGGAUUGUUAAUCAGGGCAUUUCGGGAGGGAGACAAUGAUUCUGCGGCUGCAAUCAUUCAUAGCAUCAGGGCACAGCUACCCGAAAAACACCUUUUAGAAGUCCUCAAUCAGGUCUUG